AUGGCGAAUGCAGAGUCUCCAGAUCCUUCGAAGGACCUCCUUCCGGUGCAAAUCACAGAGGAUGAAGCCGAUCCCCUUGCGCCAGCUACAGAUCCAAAAUUGCCAACUCGCAAAGAUGCCUCGUUGAAGGAGUUCAUGUCCAAGAUGGAUGACUAUGCGCCAAUAAUUCCUGAUGCAGUGACCAACUACUAUCUUACCAAAGCUGGUCUUGCUCCCCCACCUCAAACAGACCAAAGACUCGCCCGCCUCCUCGCUCUCGCAACUCAGAAAUUUAUUGCGGACAUCGCUGCGGACGCUUACCAAUACUCCCGUAUCCGCUCAUCUAACUCCUCAAAUGCCAACAAUCCUAUGGGUAACCUUGGAGCUGCGGCCGGAUUCCCUGUAGCAGGUCAGCAGGCCGCCGCGCCAGGUAGCAAAGAACAAGCAGGACGUGGUGGGCCUCUAGGUAUUCAGCGUCCAGGCUACGGAGGUGGUGGGCAGGGCGGCAGCCAGAACAGGACUGUUCUCACAAUGGAGGACUUGGGAAUGGCUGUUGGCGAGUAUGGUGUUAAUGUCAAGAGGGGAGAGUUCUAUCGAUGA